AUGAUGAGGAGCUCCGGCUUCGCACUCUCUUUUUCGACACUGCGAUUCUUCCUGCUUUUACAUACGUUUCAGAGACUUGGAGUCUAUGAAGGCAGGAUGAACAUGGUAGUUUCGCGCCGUGAAAGUAAAGAGGAGACAGUGGGCACUUGCGAUGUAGCUGCUGUGAUUGAUCAAGAUGCGUUGUCGGAGGAGUCACCCGCGCGAUUGGAAGAAAUUAUAAAAUCUGUUGUUAUUCCUCCGAACGAGCGAGUGGCUGCUGCUGUGACCAAUUCGAUCGAUUCUCCUGAUGUUGUGAUGGCCGACACGCACAGGUUUGAGUUGGCGGAUUUUGAUCAGAUAUCCUUGUUGGUAGAUAUGUUCUAUCUUCCAUUCGAAUGUGGUCGUAAAGCUCUGGAUUUACUCGAGCAGUUCUACUGGCUCUAUGAAAACGCGCUAGUAAUGGACACGUCAAAGGAGUAA